GUGACAAGUCUUACAAGUGGCCUUAUCCCAAUUCCAGAAAUUCCUCCACCAGAUUCUUAUUUUAUAUACAAUCCUAAAGUGCCAGGAAACAUGCCAACUCAAUCCCUGUUGGUGUAUAUGGAUGGACCAGAAGUUAUUGGCAAUUCCCUUGGCACCCAGAUGGAGCUAGAUGAUGCCAUGUCCAUAAAAGGGACCACCGCUGUCCCUUUCAGAGCGACGCAAGAGAAGAACAUAACCCAAAUAGAAGGAUAUAUGCCCUUGGACUGCAUGUUUUGCAAUCAGACCUUCACACAUUCAGAAGACCUUAAUAAACAUGUCUUAAUGCAACAUCGGCCGAUCCUCUGUGAGCCCGCAGUUUUGCGUGUUGAAGCGGAGUAUCUUAGUCCUCUUGAUAAAAGUCAAGUGAGAACAGAACCUCCAAAGGACAAGAAUUGCAAAGAAAAUGAAGAAUUUAGCUGUGAAGUAUGUGGGCAGACAUUCAGAGUGGCUUUCGACGUCGAGAUGCACAUGAAGAAACAUAAGGACUCUUUCACUUACGGCUGUAACGUGUGCGGGAGAAGAUUCAAGGAGCCCUGGUUUCUUAAAAAUCACAUGCGGACGCACACUGGCAAAUCAGGGGCCAAGAGCAAACUGCAGCAAGGCUCCGAGAGCCCGGCCACCAUCAAUGAGGUGGUACAGGAGCCGGCGGCUGAGAGCAUCUCCUCUCCUUACAAAAUCUGCAUGGUCUGUGGCUUCCUCUUUCCAAAUAAGGAGAGUCUCAUCGAUCACAGGAAGAUGCACACCAAAGAAGCGGCUUCCGGUGCCAGCAGUACACAAACAGACUCUCCGCAGGGGGGAAUGCCAUCUCCGGGGGAAGAGUUCCUGCAGUUUUUAAACUUGAGACCCACCUCUCACCCCGAAACCGGCAAGAAGCCCACAAAAUGGAUACCUCAGCUCGAUCCAUUCACCACCUACCAGGCUUGGCAGCUGGCUACCAAAGGAAAAGUCGCCGUGUGCCGAGAAGUGAAGGAACAGCCCGGCCAAGAAGGAAGUACCGACAAUGAUGACUCGUGUUCGGAAAAAGAGGAGCUGGUCGAGAUUUGGAAUGCGAGUAAGAGCCAUUCCGAAGGUUCUGGAAAGUCCAAGGCAAGCAAAAGCGGUUAUGCAGGCCUCGCACAAGAUAAAGAGAAGUCCCGACCCUCCAGUGGUGAAGUGCCUUCUGGGGAAGCGGACCCGAAGUUGUCCGCCAACAAGGAGAAGCCUACGCAUUGCUCGGAAUGUGGCAAAGCCUUCCGAACCUACCACCAGCUGGUCUUGCACUCGCGAGUGCACAAGAAGGACCGGAGGGCCGAUGCCGAGUCGCCCACCAUGUCGGUUGAUGGAAGGCAGCCUAGGACGUGUUCUCCAGACCUCACCGCCACCCUGGAUGAGAAUGGAGCCGUGGAUCGAGAAGGUGGUUCUGAAGAUGGAUCUGAGGACGGACUUCCAGAAGGGCUCCAUUUGGAUAAAAAUGAUGAUGGAGGAAAAAUAAAGCAUCUUACAUCCUCAAGAGAAUGUAGUUAUUGUGGGAAGUUUUUCCGUUCAAAUUAUUACCUCAAUAUUCAUCUCAGAACGCAUACAGGUGAAAAACCAUACAAAUGUGAAUUCUGUGACUAUGCUGCGGCGCAGAAGACGUCUCUGCGGUACCACCUGGAGAGACAUCACAAGGACAAGCAGAUCGAUCUUGCCGCCGAAGUCAAGACCGAUGGGAAAAACCAGGAGACCGAAGAUGCACUACUUGCCGCCGACAGUGCGCAAACCAAAAAUUUGAAAAGAUUUUUUGAUGGUGCCAAAGAUGUUAAAGGCAGCCCACCUUCAAAGCAACUUAAGGGGAUGGCUGCUACCUUUCAGAAUGUUCUGGGCAGCACUGUCCUCUCACCAGGACACAGAGAUACUCAGGAUUUCCAUAAAAAUGCAACCGAUGACAGUACUGAUAAAAUGGGCAAAGCUCCUGCCCCCGCGUAUUUGGAUGUGUUACAGAAGAGACCGCCGGGUGACCCUCAGCCCCCCGAGCCCGCGUGUAGGGCGGAGGCGGGGGUCCCUGCGCGUGUGGACGGCAGUGCGGCCCGCGGUGCCGACGGCGGCCCCAGGGAGAAGCCGGCGGGGGCGGUGGCCGACGGCAAGCACAAGCCCGGCGUGGAUUGCCAGGAGAAGCCUCUGAACCUGUCCCUCGGGGCGCUUCACGGCUGCCCUGCCAUUUCUCUGAGCAAGAGUUUAAUCCCAGGGAUCACCUGCCCGUUUUGUACCUUCAAGACCUUUUAUCCCGAGGUCUUGAUGAUGCACCAGCGGCUGGAGCAUAAGUACAACCCCGACAUCCACAAGAACUGCAGGAGCAAGUCCCUGCUGCGCAGCCGGCGCACCGGCUGCCCGCCCGCGCUGCUGGGGAAGGACGUGACCCCCCUGGCGCACUUCCCCAAGCCCCGGGCCAGGCCCGCGCCACCCACACCUUUUUACAUUUUUUUCCGAACAGGAAAAAGGCCUGUGUCAUACCAACACUUGUCUAGCAGCAUGCUACAAAAGAGAAACUAUGAGAAUUUUAUUGGGAAUGCACAUUAUCGACCAAAUGACAAAAAAACUUGAUUUCCUAUUUUGGGUAAGAAAGGUCCUGAUGGCCGUGUGUACUGUCCCUGAGUUGAGUUCGUCCAUCCUUUGGGAAAGCAGGUGGUAGAAGCCCGUGAAAUAAGCUGUGACCAUGCCACGCAUGUAACAUACUAGGAACACUACGGUUUUGUAAAGUUGUUCUGUUAACUUUUGUACCAAAUAGCAAUAAAAACUAUAGUUGGAACAGUUGGGUUGUACACAAAUGGAGACUGGAAAUCUCUAUUUUGUCCCUGAAUCCUAUUUUUUUUUAGAAUCGACCAAAUACGAAGAGGAGUCUUUUGCCUACGUGAGCGCUGCUGGAAAGAAACCGUCUGGGUUGGGGGGUGGGGUGGGGAGAAGGUCUAUGAUGCUUGCACCUCAGGUAUAACUGUACAUAUUGUAAGUUCUCAGCCUGCUUGUUCGGAGACUGUGCGCGACCCUUUUCCUCUCACGUAGCUCAUUACUUUGAGCGGUUCCUGCUAUUUGUGCUCUUUUGUUUAAAAAUGUAUGUUUUUUUAAAAAAAUUUCUCAAUGAUUUGUAUUAUGUUAAAUCUUCCUCAGUCCAUUGUCUUAACAAAAUUGUUAACGGAAGUAUUGACCCUCUAUGACUAUGUGCUGCGUAUACGGAUCGGCCAUUCUGAAUCCGGUGCCCUUUUAUUGCAAAUUUCAUUUUGUCAACCGAAGGAGAGUCCAGAUCCGCGAUCCUUCCCUGAAAAUGGUGUGGUUUGUGGGGUUUUAAGUGUGUGUGUUUACAGAGAAGCGUGUCCUCUGGAGAGCGGCCACGUAUGCCGUAAACAUACCAAAUUGUACGUGGAGUUCCUGACAUGAGUCUUCUAUCAAAUUAAUCAUUUUUGUUGGAAAAUUCAGGUUGUUUGGCUUUCACUUAAAUUCAUAUGUAAAAAAAAACAUAAAUGCAAAAUUAUAUAUGUGAAUGACACAUAUUGGAAGCAGUUUUAGAGGACGUGAGUGUUUUUGGGUAAAUUUUAGGUUUGUAUCUGGAAGUCUUGGUGUGCCUGGCAUUUGGGUUAACGGUGGACGUAUUUGAGUUAAUUACAGACUUGUUGAUUCUGAAUGAGGAACUGCCGGCUGAGCCUUCUGGUAAUGGGAAAGAUGUGCUCUUUUCUCUCGACCUCAGUUGUCUUCCCAUUUUUGGUUGUUUUGAGCAGCAGUGUUUUUCUCAGUGCAUAUGCAGUUUGGAUUUUAAAGAGAGGAUAGCCACGAGCUGGCUUAUGAGGUGUUUUAACCUUUCGUUCCCUUAACAUGCUGUCCGUGGCUGAGUCGAUUCAGCAGUCCAUUGGGUUAGCAGCCACAAAAUAUUUUAUUAAGAAAACUGUUUCAGAGAUAAAUUUGCACUGUUAAGUUUUCUUGCCCUGCCCUUCUGCGUUGGAGCAAGAGGAAAAGUCCUAAAAGAACCCUGAUUUUUUUUUGUUUUUGUUUUUGUUUUGUUUUCAUUAUGCAACAUGACGCGUACUUGACAGAGAAGUCUUAACUCCCGUGUGGAAGGGAGACCUGAUCAGACCAGUCCGCUGGCAUUGCAAUGAAGUGCUUUGUAUCAGGAAAGCGUACACUAUUGACCUUUCUUCCUGUUCACAAGCUGAGCCAUAUGUACAUAAUCUAGAUUUUUGUUUUCAUAGUUUUGCACUUUUAUAGCCUAUUUUUGAAGAUUAACACAUUUGCAAGAUGAUUGACUUGAUCUUUGCCUAAUCCAAUGAGUGUUGCAGAAAGCUUGCUGUGACUAUAAAUGUAAAUCUUAAAAGGGGAUACGAGAUAAUAGAGGGCUGAAAUUUAAACCCGUAUUUAAAAAAAAAAAAUCACCAAAUCUAUUUGAAAACAAGUCAGUUCAUGUCAUGCUGAAAUUUUGGGGGCUUUCGGAUUUCUCCUUUCUUAACCACAUUUCUGAAUUUCUGAAUGCAUAAAAAUGUCCUUUUUUUCACAGCCCUUGUACUCAAGAAUUUUUUUUUGUUUGUUUUUGUUUUUGGUCCAUCAGUAUUAACUAUUGGGAUACUACUGGUUUUGUAUGUUUUUUUUUUUCCUUUGAGACGACAGUACAUAUAAUAGAGGUACAAUCCGUUGGAUUUUUGUUUAUGUAUUUAUUUCAUUCCAGUUUGAUUUAUUUUAAUUGUUGAUACUUGUCAAACAGUAGACAUUACUUGUUUUAUUUAUGAUAUAUUUCAGCUUAAAGUUAUGUUAUUAUAUGUGGAUGUAAAUAUAGAUUUGGUGUUUUGCA